AUGAUAUCAAGAAUUUGUCCAUUAACACGAUGUUCGUACAGUUCGACAGCAACAACAAUCGGUUCCUUCUACGAUAUUAUCAUAAUCGGUGGUGGAAUGGUUGGUAAUGCAAUGGCCUGCGCUCUUGGUUUGAAUGAACGUUUCAAAUCAAAGAAGAUACUUGUGCUGGAUUCAGCAGAAAUCAAAGCACCAAUAAAAAAUUCACCAUAUGGAAAUCGAGUUACUGCAGUAUCACCUCCAUCUGUAUUACUUUUUCAAAAAUUGGGAAUUUGGGAUGAUCUUGUGGAUUUGAGAGUGAAGCGAGUGGACAGACUUCAGGUUUGGAUUGAAAAUAUCAGUUUUGUUUUAAAUAAGGAUCGACGGAUUGAUUUGAAUUUUAUAAGCGGCCCUGUGGUUAUGGAUAGCUGUUCGCAUUCGUCGAUAAAAUUCGCCCAACCGGAUGCAACUAGCGAAGUUGCUUAUAUGAUCGAAAACAAUGCAAUCAUUGGAUUUCUUUCAAAUCGUAUCAAAGCAAGUUGCCCGAAUGUCGCAAUUAAGACGAAGGCAAAAGUAGUUGAUUGCAGGAGUCCAUCUAGUUUGAAUGAAUUUGCCGCAGUUGUACUGGAUGAUGGAACGAAAUUGCAAACGUCUCUUAUUGUUAAUAUUGGUGCCGAUGGUGCUAGAAGUAUGGUGAGAGAUAUGCUUAAGUUCAGAUAUACUUCAUGGGGAUAUGGGCAGUCAGCAGUAGUUGCAAAUCUUCAGGUCCAAGCUGUAAUGACAUGGUCGACAAGUACAGAGCAUGCCGAAGAAUUGCUUUCAUUACCGCCAGAAGAAUUUGUUCAUGAGCUUAAUGAGUUCUUGACCACUGAUAUUCAUCAGAAUUCCAUAACAAAUCAGUUUUUAUCACUUACGGAACAAGUGUUGAAAGGAAUAUUUUCCGUAAGUGAAAAGCCAAAACUUACAUUUCCGACGGUUAUAUCCGUAUAUGAAGAUACUCGUGCCAGAUUUCCGCUGGCUUUUGGACAUAGUUAUAGUUAUGUUAUACCAAGAGCCGCAUUGAUUGGAGAUGCUGCGCAUCGUACUCAUCCGUUGGCUGGCCAAGGAGUUAAUCUAGGAUGGAGUGAUGUGAAAAUAUUGCUGUGUUGUCUAGAACAAUGUGUAAUCGAUGGAGGUGAUUUAGGCUCACUUACAUAUUUGUCUGAUUAUGAUACACAAGCGCAGCGACGGAAUGUACCAGUGCAGGUAAUAUGCGAUUGGUUGAACAGACUUUAUUUGGCGAGUAGUACGCCACUGAUCCUUAUACGCUCUCUUGGUCUUAAUACGGUCGACAGAUUCACACCUUUGAAAGACCUUAUUGUUUACCGAACGUCAACGUAA